GUGGACUAUAUGGUCUCUUGGUGACGAAUAACAUCAGAGAAGGAGCUACGUCUACGAUUUUAGUUUAGCAAGGUGAAGGCUUCGUAUGGCUACAGAUGAAGAGAAAGUCCAAGUUGUUAUCCGGGUUCGGCCUUUGCUACAGAAAGAAAUAGUAAAGGGCUGUAAGUCAUGCAUUCAGAUUCUACCAGAUAAGUUACAAGUGAUCAUUGGAAAAGACAGGAAAUUUACAUUUGAUCAAUUAUUGGGACAAGAUACAGACCAAGCGUCUACAUUCGAAAUGUGUGUUAAGCCUUUAGUGGAAGGGUGUUUUCAAGGUUACAAUGCUACUGUAUUUGCAUAUGGACAGACGGGAUCUGGAAAGACGUUUACCAUUCUUGGCCCAGACUUGGUUGGCUGGGAAGACAAUAGCACACAAGGGAUCAUUCCUAGGGCUAUUGGAGAGAUAUUCAAGAGAGUGAAAGAGAUGGCUAACGUCCAGUUUAGCAUUCGUGUUUCAUACUUGGAAGUGUACCAAGAAGAGCUGAAUGACUUACUGCAUAUGACAACUCCAUCACAAGACAUUCAUAUAAGAGAGAAUGAGAAGGGACACACAUUACUUAUUGGUAUUCAAGAAUUGGUCAUUCACACAGUUGAUGAUGGUCUUAGUUUACUAGAGCAAGGAUCUGCUGCUCGACACACUGGAACAACAAAAAUGAAUGAAAGAUCAAGCCGGUCUCACACUGUCUUCACACUUUAUCUUGAUCAAAGAAUUGGUAGUGUUGCAGAAGGUACUGAUGAUAUGCAGUAUGUUUCUGCAAAAUUUCAUUUUGUUGAUUUGGCGGGAUCUGAAAGAGCCUGUCGUACUGGAAAUGAAGGUGCACGGUUUAAAGAAUCAAUAUUUAUUAAUACGGGCUUGCUAGCACUUGGUAAUGUGAUCAGUGCUCUUGGAGAUCCAAAGAGAAGGGCAACACACAUACCAUAUAGAGAUUCCAAGAUUACAAGAAUUUUGAAGGGAUCUCUUGGUGGCAAUAGUAAGACUGUGAUGUUGACUUGUCUCAGUCCAUCCGAAGACAGCUUUGCUGAAACGCUUAAUUCUUUAAAAUAUGCAAACAGAGCACGAAAUAUUUGCAACAAGCCAGUGAUGAAUAGAGAUCCACAUGCUGUGCAGAUGGAGGAGAUGCAAAGUCAGAUUGAAGCUCUCAAGGUUGAACUGGAUCGAGUCCAUACAGCAGCUUCUUCUUAUUCUCAUCAUUCUAAUGCAAUGGUAAAUGUUGAGGAACAUUUACAGCAGUUGGAAGAGGAGCUAGCUCGGUCAAAGCAACAUUGUAGUGACUACAGAUUGUCUGCUGCUAAAUCUAAGAAACUUGUUGAAGACAUAAUAGAGAAAGGACACGUAGCUGAAGAGGAAAUAGAUCGGUUGAGACAAUGGAUUGAUUUUCUGUCAAAUCCAAAGUGCAAGAGCCACAAAGGUUUUGCCAUCAUGGUUGGAUCAAACGAUAAGAAGUUUGGUUUGGCAGCUACAGUAUGUAAUAAGAUACCAUUGAGAGCUCCAGAUCAUUGGUCAGGCUUUGAUAACAUUUCUGUUAUUACAGAUGUGAGCGACAUAUUGGUAGAAAAUUAUUCUAUCACAUUCUUUGCCACAUACGAACCAUACCCUGCAUAA